CCUAAGUUAUUAAAGAUGGCGGCGGAGCGGAGUCGCUCCCCGAUGGACUCGCCGGUCCCGGCCUCGAUGUUCGCCCCCGAGCCCAGCUCCCCGGGGGCGGCCAGGGCCGCGGCGGCUGCCGCCCGGCUACACGGCGGCUUCGACUCGGACUGCAGCGAGGACGGCGAGGCGCUCAACGGCGAGCCGGAGCUGGACCUCACCAGUAAGCUGGUUCUAGUGAGCCCUACAUCAGAGCAGUAUGACAGCCUACUUCGGCAGAUGUGGGAGAGGAUGGACGAGGGAUGCGGAGAAACCAUAUAUGUCAUUGGGCAGGGAUCAGAUGGGACUGAGUACGGGCUGAGUGAAGCUGACAUGGAGGCCUCCUACGCCACAGUGAAGAGCAUGGCGGAACAGAUAGAGGCCGACGUCAUCCUCCUGCGGGAACGUCAAGAAGCUGGGGGCCGUGUGCGUGAUUACCUGGUCCGGAAACGAGUAGGAGACAAUGACUUCCUGGAGGUCAGGGUAGCAGUAGUGGGCAACGUGGAUGCUGGCAAAAGCACGCUUCUGGGGGUCCUGACACACGGGGAGCUGGACAACGGCCGAGGCUUUGCCCGCCAGAAACUCUUCCGCCACAAGCAUGAAAUUGAAUCUGGUCGCACCAGCAGUGUGGGCAACGACAUUCUGGGCUUUGACAGCGAAGGCAAUGUGGUGAACAAGCCAGACAGCCAUGGUGGCAGCCUGGAGUGGACAAAGAUUUGUGAGAAAUCCACUAAGGUGAUUACUUUCAUCGACUUGGCUGGCCAUGAGAAAUACCUGAAGACCACUGUCUUUGGCAUGACGGGCCAUUUGCCUGACUUCUGCAUGCUCAUGGUGGGCAGCAACGCUGGCAUUGUGGGGAUGACCAAGGAGCACCUGGGCUUGGCGUUGGCACUCAAUGUGCCUGUCUUUGUGGUAGUCACCAAGAUUGACAUGUGUCCUGCCAACAUCCUGCAAGAAACCCUGAAGCUGUUACAGCGCCUGCUGAAGUCACCAGGCUGCCGGAAGAUCCCUGUGCUGGUGCAGAGCAAGGACGAUGUGAUUGUUACGGCCUCCAACUUCAGUUCUGAGAGGAUGUGCCCAAUAUUCCAGAUCUCCAACGUUACAGGCGAGAAUCUAGAUCUGCUGAAGAUGUUCCUCAAUCUCCUCUCUCCCCGCACCAGCUACCGGGAGGAAGAGCCUGCUGAGUUUCAGAUUGAUGACACCUACUCUGUCCCGGGUGUGGGAACAGUAGUGUCGGGGACAACACUGAGGGGCCUGAUCAAGCUGAAUGACACACUGCUGCUGGGCCCAGAUCCCCUGGGUAACUUCCUGUCCAUUGCUGUAAAAUCGAUCCAUCGCAAGCGAAUGCCUGUCAAGGAGGUGCGGGGGGGGCAGACGGCCUCCUUUGCACUGAAGAAGAUCAAGCGCUCGUCCAUCCGGAAGGGCAUGGUGAUGGUUUCCCCACGCUUGAAUCCCCAAGCAUCCUGGGAGUUUGAGGCCGAGAUCCUUGUCCUCCACCACCCCACCACGAUUAGCCCACGCUACCAGGCCAUGGUGCACUGUGGCAGCAUCAGGCAGACAGCCACCAUUCUGAGCAUGGACAAGGACUGUCUGCGCACCGGGGACAAGGCCACCGUGCACUUCCGCUUCAUCAAGACCCCCGAAUACCUGCACAUAGACCAGCGGCUGGUGUUCCGAGAAGGCCGCACCAAGGCUGUGGGCACCAUCACCAAGCUCCUCCAGACCACCAACAACUCCCCAAUGAACUCCAAGCCCCAGCAGAUUAAAAUGCAGUCGACGAAAAAGGGCCCUCUGACCAAACGAGAGGAUGGAGGCUCAUCUGGAGGGCCGGCACUAGGGGCACCCCAACUUGGAGAUGAAGCUAGCUCUCUAGGAGCUGCACAGCCAGCUACGUCCAGCAGUCUCCAGCCACAGCCCAAGCCCAGCAGCGGGGGCCGGCGACGGGGGGGCCAGCGCCACAAGGUGAAGUCCCAGGGGGCCUGCGUGACGCCUGCCAGUGGCUGCUGAAUCUCCCCCUGGCCCACCCCCACCACCCAAAGGAUCCUCGUACUCUGGCCACUGCUCCACCAGAUGGGCCAGAGCAGCUCUGACCACCACCCACCCUCCCCCAGGCCACAGCCAGAGCCUCAUCAUUCCCCCUACCCCCGUUUUCCAGGGGGGUUGUAAUUUAUAAGCUGAGGAAGGUGGCCAGACUUCCGGAGGACUGGCCAUCUCCCACCCUCUUCCCUGUCUUCUUCCGCACUCACAUUUUUUGUACAUCUGGGCCCUUAGUUUUUAUUCUUUUUAUUAUAUAUCUAUCUCUCUAUCGUGUGUGGGUGUGUGUGUGUGGCUGUGUGUGUGUGGUGCAGGAGUGCAGCCGGUCAGGGCCCUGGCAGUCUCUCCUUGUCUCUUCCAUGGCUGGCCACCAGCCUCCAGCAACUGGCUGCCCGCCCGUUCGUCCGUGUGUCUCUGUGGGAACCUUUAGGGGCUGUCAGGAGCUGAGGAGCACCCUCCUUCCCUGGCUUACUCUCCUCUGCGCCUAGAACCCCUCCAUGGAGCCUGCCUAGGGGGCUUCUAGGUGUAAGUGUCUACUGCUGCCAGAGCAGGGAGCCCUCCUUCCGUGACGUGGGAUUUUAACAGGGUGGAGAGUGGUGGCUUCCCCCUUUCUCUCUCUCCCUCUUUUUCUCCUUAAACCCCAGAACAGAUAAUGCCAAAAGCUCUUGAGUUGUAAUCUGUAGAUGUGUGGAGGGGAGAGGCAACUGGUCUGUAGGACCCUCUGUGCCCCUAACUCUGACCCUUGCCAUUGACUGACCCAAAGACAGCUGGUGGCUUUGCUUUCCCUUGGAGACAAUCCUGUAUUUGCCUGGCUGGCUGGGGCGACUCCUGCUCUGCUGAUCUGCCACGCUGGAGGCCCUCGCCUCACCGAGAAGCCACCUCCUGCUUGGACUUGGACUCUGAAUCUUGCUGGGCCUUGGGGCACUGAUGGCCUAGGCUGGGCUCAGCCUGCUUGGGGUCAUGCUCACUAGCACCCCCUGUUGGUGGGGCUAUGGGGUGUUCCUCUGAGUCAGGCUGGGACUGGAACCCUUCCUUCCCCACCACACCCCUGCCACGUCACCCCAGUAUGGCUGCUACAGGAGCACAACAGUGAAGGGCCUGAGCCCCAGGUUUGGAAACCCUGAUUGGGGUGCAGGGAGGGCAGGCAGGGAUAGUGAAAAAGACUCUUCCAGGCCCAGCACAGAGCAUUAAGCCCUCUGGAAAAAUCACUGCCUGGGUGGGGGUGGGAUUGCCCAGGACAGAGAUGGCAACGGGGGCCCUGAACCAGCCUGGUCUGAGUUGGGGACUGAAGUCCCCAGGUUAGGGUGGACUGAUGGGCGGAGAUGUGUUCUUUCUCUAGCUGGGCAGACACCCAGCCUGCUGGGUCCCUCCUUAGCCUUCCCUCCCUCCUGUCCCCAACCCUUCUCUGUUCUUCCUCCUUCCAGGCUGCUGGUUCCCUCUCCAACCCUCCUUCCAAUUAUUUCUAGUUACCACUGACCUGUGGCCAUGGACUGACCAGACCAGCGCACAAAAUAAAAGUUUGUUUGAAGUUGACAAUGUUGUGUUCCCUGCCCAGCCCCUCCCGGUGGAGGCGCUGCCACCGGGAACGCUCGCUCUGCCUGCUAGAGCCCCCGGCUGCGGAGCAGGGCAGGGCCAGGAGGAGCCCAGCUCUGUCAGUUAGGCGUGGCUUCAAAACCCAGGCUCCUCCACCAGUGGUGACACAGGACGACUUGCCAACCUUCUCUGAACCUCAGUUUCCUCAUCUACAGCAAGAGGUAGAUGCCUCUGUCAGGGUUGUUGUGAGGAUUCACUGAGAGUAUGUGAGGCCGUGACAAGAUGCCCAGCACAUGGGAAGUGCCCAGUGAUUGGUCACCGUGCUGCUUACCGCUCACACUGGUUCCCAACUCCAUAGCGGAGGCCACAGGCUGGGGGACAGGCUGGAAAGGAGAAACGUGGCAUUGACACAUCUGCCCUGUGGUGGGGCUGUGCCAGGUGUCUCACUCACUUCAUGUAUUAUGACAUUCGCAGCCACCUUCUCGCAGGGAGGUGGUGGUAGAAGCUCAGAGGAGCAGUGCCACCAGCAGGCGUGUCCGUUCCUACACCAGCCCUCGCCCCUAGCCGGUCCCCGUCAGUCACUCUGGCAUGUCCUUCGGCUUUUUGACUCUGGUUCUGCUUACAGGGGCUCCAGCGUUGAGCACCCCUCUUCUGUCUGUCCCCGUGGCAGGUGCUAUGGAAUUUGUGUUUCCACAGGACUUGGCCAUGGCGGAACCUCAGAGCAGGCAGAACCCCAUUUUGCUUGAGCUCUUUUGCCCUGUGAGCAUAACCACUUUCUUUGUAUUAGGAAGCUGUGGCCUCUGCCCUCCUCUGGCCCGACGCUCAGGACGUAGGUCUGGAUCUCUGUGGUCACUAGGCCCCACACCUGCCAGCAGGGGGGGUGACUGAAUACAGCAUUUUACUGUUGUUAGCAGGGACAACAAAGGUCCCCUAUGGGUCUCAGCUCUACCAACUAUCCAUUUGGAAUAAAACACCAGCCCUUUUGUAGUUGAUAAAGAAUAAAGUUGUUAAUCUGAUCAUUUCAAAUGGCAAAUCCUGACCCUUCUGUACAUGCAGCU